UGGAUGGCCGUACUCGUCGUACCGUUCAAUGUUGUUUUGUUUCUGCUAAUCAUGAUUGUUUGAUAAACUGAAAGUAGCUUUUAUGGCAGAUCUUUGGAAUUGAUAAAUAAGGUCGAGGAUAAAUUAAGAAAUAGCAAGUUAUAUGCCAGUGUUACAAAAAUUUCAUUUCUGAAGAUUCUUAGUUAACUGAACUUACUUGAUUUCAGUUUUAGUUGCCUGACAAAAUACGGUUGGCCUAAUAGUUGAAUACGAAUAUUUAUUUCAGGAAGUGUUUACAGUGAGUACAGUUUUGCACAUAAAAUCUGCAGUAACGAAAUUAGCAGUCAAUUUUUGUUGAUUAACAUUUCUUUAUUGACGAUCCCGGUUACAAAAACCUUUAACUUACAGUACUCCCUGCUGAGAUAACCUCAAAAAAUAUAGCCUACCUUAUCUAUUAGUAAGUUAACACACAAAGUGAAUAAACAUAAUUUAUUAACAUGAGCGCUUCUAACAGUCAAUCAGACGUGGACUCAACUAAUGCAACAGAAACUCAAGCACAAAAACCUAAAAUUAAAUAUGAUUGGUACCAAACCGAUACACAUGUUACAGUUAACGUCCUCGUGAAAAACCUGAGUGAAGACCAAGUAAAUGUAUCUUUAGAAGAGAAGACAGUAACUAUUCAUCUCCCUUCAGAGGAAAAAUUCAUUUUAAACCUGUCAAAAGCUAUUGUACCAACCAAAUGUGUCCAUCGUGUUAAGCCGACCAAAAUUGAGCUCAAACUCAAAAAGCUUAAUGAAGACACUUGGGCUGACCUGGAAGCUGUAAAUAAACCUGAGAGUAAAGAAGUGGUUCUGACUCACACCAAACGCAAUUGGGAUAGAUUGGUUGAAAAUGAACUAAAGGACGAUGCAGCCGAAGGCGAGGCCGCUCUCAAUGAGCUGUUCCAGAAAAUUUACACUGAGGGAAGUGAUGAAGUCAAGAAAGCUAUGAACAAAUCAUUUUUGGAGAGUGGUGGUACAGUUCUCAGCACAAACUGGAAUGAAGUUGGUGAAAAGAAAGUUGAAGUGAAACCUCCAGAUGGUAUGGAGUUUAAGAAAUGGGACGAACCAUAAACCUCUCGCUUUUUUCAUACAUGUGUGCUGUAAGUUAAGCAAUUGUUUUCUAAUAUUUUUAAAAAGUGGUUGUUUUUUUCGAUGCAGCUAAAACUUAAUGGUUAAGCGUUUAAAAAUACCGGUAAAUAAA